CCACUGACCGGCGUAAUGCCAGCGCGAGAAAGUGCCACGACUCCACACAGACAUCGACUGACUCCUCAAGCUGGGAUAAGAUUUUUUUUUUUUAGUUUUUUUUUUUUUUGCUGGCGUGGUGAAGGCAGUUGGAUUCGCGAUAAUCACUUCGGUUUAAACUCUUCCUGAAGUGAUUCAUCCAACGGAAAUCUUCCGCGAGAAAAGAAAGGAAACUAGCAGUCAUGGACAUCUAUGAUCCUCAGACCCUUGGAAUUGUGGUGUUUGGUGGCUUCAUGGUGUUCUCAGCCAUUGGGAUUGCUUUGGUCUCAACAUUUUCCAUGAAGGAGACCUCAUAUGAAGAAGCUAUAGCCAAGCAGAGGAAGGAGCAGGGGAAGACCCUAUCCAGCCAACGAUCAGAUAAAAAGAAAAAGGACAAGGCAGCUGAGAAGAAAAAUCGUGCUAAGAAAAAGGAAGAUAAGCCCAAUGGAAAGCUCCUGGACUCAGAGGCCAAUCCUGAGGUUUCAGAAGUGCCAGCUGAGCCCAGUCCUUCAACUCCUCCAGGCCCAGAACAAGUUGCUGCACCAGCACCUAAACUAGAAGUUCCAGCUCAGAAGUCUCCCCAUCCCACCCCUUCUCACAAGCCCACUUCACCUGCCCUGGCUCAGAAGUCAGCUCCACCUGCUCCAGCCCAGAAAUCUGUUUCACCUACCCAAAAGUCUACUCCAGCUCCUCCUGCCCAGAAAUCCUCUCCAACUGCCCAGAAAUCUGCUUCACCUCCUCCUACCCAGAAAUCUUCACCUGCCCCAGCCCAAAAGUCUGCUACAGCUGCCCCUGCUCAGAAGUCUGCUUCAAAUGCCCAGAUUGCCCAGAAAGCCACUCCAACUGCCCCAGACCAGAAAGCCACUCCAACUGCCUCAGCCCAGAAAGCAGGUCCACCUGCCCCAGACCAGAAAGCCACUCCAACUGCCUCAGCCCAGAAAGCAGGUCCACCUGCCCCAGACCAGAAAGCCACUCCAACUGCCUCAGCCCAGAAAGCCGCUCCACCUUCCUCUGCCCAGAAAUCUGCUCCACCGGCCCCCGCACAAAAAUCUGUCCAAACUCAAAAAUUUGCUUCAUCUGCCCCAACACAGAAAUCCUCUCAACCUGCCCCAUCUCAGAAGGCUGCUCCAACUGCCCCAACACAGAAAUCCUCUCAACCUGCCCCAUCCCAGAAGGCUGCUCCAACUGCCCCAACACAGAAAUCCUCUCAACCUGCCCCAUCUCAGAAGGCUGCUCCAACUGCCCAAACACAGAAAUCCUCUCAACCUGCCCCAUCCCAGAAGUCUGCUUCAAAUGACCCGACCCAGAAAGCUGCCUCACCAUCCCCAGCCCAGAAGUCCUCUCCACCUGACCGAAAACCCAGUCCACCUGCCCCGGCCCCUUCGCAAAAGGCUGCUACAAGUACUACCCCUCCUGCAUCCCAUCCUGCUCCUGAAGAUGCUCCACCCGCCCCAUCUCCUAAGGAUAAGAGGAAGAAGAAAGCCAAAGCAGAGUCUGUUUCAGCUGAGGUUCAGCCCAAAUCUGUGGCUCCAUUGGAGAUGGUGACCAAAAAGGUUCCCGUCAUGGCAGUGCCUCCAGUGGGUACUUCGAAAGCUGCUUCAGCAACUGCUGUGCCGGCCAAAGCAGAAGAGCCCAAACAAGAAGCUCCAGCCAAGAAGAAAGGAGGAUCUAAGAAGAAGUCAGAGCCAGCGGUGGCUGCAGACCCCACAGACAGUCCACUGUUCCUGCCCUACAAGGCCUUGCUUUCCACGAUGAGGAGUAUGGUGUUCACUGAAGGAGAGGCCCAGCAACUCAUUGAGAUUCUGUCUGAUAAGGCUGGCAUUAUUCAAGACACAUGGCACAAAGCCACACAGAAGGGUGAUCCGGUAGUUGUGCUGAAGAAACAGCUGGAAGAACGAGACAAGCAGCUGGCAGCCGAGCAGGAGGACUCAGCAGCUGUUAAAAGCAGACUGAGGGAUUUGAGUAAAGAGCUCUCUGUGGAGAAGUCAAAGGUGGCGUCUGUAGAGACCAGGCUGAGCUCUCAGCUGAGUAAGCGAGAGCAGGACAUUAUUGCCCUGCAAGCACGCAUGCAGGCCAGUUAUCAAGACCACCUUGCGGAGACUCAGCAUCUUAAUGCCAAAAUCUUGGCUCUCCAGGACCAGCUGGAGAAAGGCCCUAAUGCUCAGCUGGCCCGUCUACAGCAGGAGAACUCUAUCCUCAGAGAUGCGCUUAACCAAGCUACCAGUCAGACAGAGAGCAAACAAAAUGCUGAAUUGGCCAAACUGCAUCAGGACUGCAUUCGACUGAAUAAGGAACUGGUGGAGAAGAACGAGGCCUUGCAGGCUGAUGAACAGCUCAGGAAAAAUCUGGAAUCUAAAGCUGCCACAGCUGAGAAACAACUGACCCAGUUGCAGGGGAACUGGGUGAGCAGUGAACAGGCUCUGCAGAAGCGUCUGGAGGACGUGAGUGAGGAGCUCAGACAGACCCAGAGCUCCAGAAACAGCCUUCAGACACAGCUUGAACAAGCUCAGAAAGAUGCCACUGCUCUAGCAGAGGCUCAAGCUCGUGUGUCCAGUAUGGAGGUGGAAAUGAUAGAGCAGACCAGACAGAUAGAGAGUCUGCAGAGCCAGCUGAAACUGCUGGAGGCAAGCCAGAACAAAGAACAAAACUACAAUUCAGAGGCUUUGAUGGCUGAACUGGAGCAAGCAAAGAGCAGCCUGAAGGAGAAAGAAGAGGAGCUGAUCCAACUCAAAAACAUCAUUGCCACUCAGGUGGAUAACACAACAGAGGUGCAGCAAUUGCAGCACAGCAUAAAAGAAAAGGAUGACCAAAUAGCAACUCUUCAGGGAGAGCUCCAACAGGUUAAAGAAAAAGGUUCAGACCUCACCAAACUUGAAAACACAGAAAUGCUGGAACAGCUACAAAACAGUUUGAAAGAAAAGGAGUCUCAGGUGGCUUUGUUUGAAGAAGAGAUGAGGCACUGUAAAGAACAGUAUGACACUAAACUGGCAGAUAGCACAGCCAAACUGGAGUCACUACAUAAAAGUGUAACUGAAAAAGAGAGCCUAGUGACAUCAGUACAACAGGAAGUGCAGCAGCUCAAGGAUCUAAAUCAGUCACAUGGCAAGAGUUACAAAAGUUUGGAGGAUAUGCUUAAAUCUGUCCAGGCUGAGACCAAAGAAGUUCUUCACUCUUUUUUCCCACACAUCAACAUAGAGACAGCACAGACCGAUUGGCUUCAGGACUUUGCUGUGAAAGCACAAGAGGUGCUAAAUCAAAAGCAACAGAGCCAAGAAUCCCAGCAGAGCACAGAGAUGGUGGAGAUAAUGGGGAAACUACAGGCAGCCCAGGAGAGUCAGUGCACACUACAGUCUGAGUGUGAGCAGUACAGGAGUGUACUGGCUGAGACGGAGGGGAUGCUGAAAACACUUCAGAAGAGUGUAGAGGAGGAGGAGAGGGUGUGGAAGACCCAGAUAAUGGAGUCUGAGGAGAAACUGAGGAUGGCACUCAAAAAGGUGCAGGAAUUAGAAGAGACAACAGAGAGCUUGAGAGCGGACAACCUGAGGACCCAACAGCUGGAGGAGAACGUGAUGUUGCUUGAGGCCCAGUUGGAGAAACGGCUCCAGUCAGCAUCCACUGACAGCCAGAGUCAAUCUGAAGAGAUAACACACUUGAAGCAUGUUUUAGCAGAAUCAGAAAGACAGUUGAAUGUGGCCCAGCAGGAGAUACAGACGCAGAGGGAGGAGCUUUCACAGGUCGGGCAGCAACUGAGUGACGUGACAAAGCGAACUCAGGGAGUGGCAGAGAACGGGCAGCCUGAGGCGGAGGAGUGUCAGGUCCAGGCUCAGCUGGAACAGACAUUGGAAAAACUGCAGGGUGAACGGACUCUAAACCAGCAGCUCUCUGCAGAAGUGGAGCAGACUCAGGAGGCCCUCAAAAAACAGCUUCAGAGCCAUCUAGAGCAGAUGAAGUCAGCUGAAGACACUGCAGCCAUGGAGGAUGUUGUUCAGCUGAAGGACUGUCUAGAGAAGGAGCGAAAGAUGACCAAAGAUUUGGGCCAGGCAGCCACCAAACUCCAACAGCUGCUGAGAAACAGUCAGGACCAACCGGCCAAAGAGAAAGAGAACGUCAGGACGCUGCAGGAUCAAUUGCGAGACAAGGAGGGUGAUGGAGAGCUGAAGCAAGGCACUUCUGUUUGAGUUGUAAAACAAAAAACUUGCCAAAAAUUGCCUUAAGAUGACCAAAAUGAAGCAUUCCGAAAUUAGUUUUCUUCCUCUUCCUUCCUUUUUUUU